AUGGCGCCAGCUCCCCAUUGGCCAGCGCUCUAUCCAUCCUACCACCCCAGGAUUUCCCCGCCCACAUCUUGUGGCUGCCGUGCGCCGCAACGCCACGAUUUAACAUCAAAACCGUCGUGGCAUCCUGCAAAUCCUGCGCGCUCCAACAGACGUCCUAGCUGCCACUCCGCCGCGCGCGUCAGCGACCUCACCGUCACCGGCGAAGCAACACCGGCACCCAUGGCGCUCGCCUCCACCUCCGCCACCGCCUCCGCGGCCGUGCUCAAGAACCCGUUCCUCGGCGCGAGGCGCGCGCUCGCUAAUGCCGCCUCCCUCGGCGCCGCCAAGCCCGUGACGCGCCGCGUGGUGGUCGUCGCCGCGGCCGUCGGCAAGAAGUCGUGGAUCCCCGCGGUCAAGAGCGAUGCCGAGUUCAUCAACCCGUCUUGGCUCGAUGGCUCGCUCCCCGGUGACUUCGGCUUCGACCCGCUGGGGCUUGGCAAGGACCCGGCGUUCCUCAAGUGGUACAGGGAGGCCGAGCUGAUCCACGGGCGGUGGGCGAUGGCCGCGGUCCUGGGCAUCUUCAUCGGGCAGGCGUACAGCGGCGUGCCGUGGUUCGAGGCCGGGGCGCAGCCUGGCGCGGUGGCGCCCUUCUCCUUCGGGUCGCUCCUGGGCACCCAGCUGCUGCUCAUGGGGUGGGUGGAGUCCAAGCGGUGGGUCGACUUCUUCAACCCGGACUCCCAGUCGGUGGAGUGGGCCACGCCGUGGUCGCGCACGGCCGAGAACUUCGCCAACUUCACCGGUGAGCAAGGGUACCCGGGCGGCAAGUUCUUCGACCCGCUCGGCCUCGGUGGCGAGACCAAGGACGGCGUCUACAUCCCCGACACCGAGAAGCUCGAGCGGCUCAAGGUGGCCGAGAUCAAGCACUCGCGCCUCGCCAUGCUUGCCAUGCUCAUCUUCUACUUCGAGGCCGGACAGGGCAAGACGCCACUCGGCGCGCUCGGCCUAUAA